CGAUGAUCGAUGCAUAGAUUUUUUCUUACAUCACAAAGAAGUAUUUUGUUUGUUGUUCAACAAUGGCUCAAGGAACUGAACUCAACUUUAGAGGCAAAAAAACUGCGGAAAAGAUUUCUGAAAAUGUACAUAUAUUCGCAAAUGACCCGUCGCUUGCAUUUUACCGGGUUCAGGAGCACAUUCGUAAAGUUCUGCCAGCAAUUCUAGAAAAACGUAUUGAAGUUGUAAAUCUUCAAAAUAGCCUACAAGGACAUUGCUAUGACAUGGAGUACAGUGUGCAAGCACUUAAAUCUAUAGAGAAAUCUGAAACUGUUUUCUUCAACAUUCAAGAAAUGAUGAAAACAUCUAUCUUUCUCAAACAACAACUAAAGUACGAAGAAGCAAAGAAAAAAACAAAAAAGGAAAGCAUAAAAAGCUCUGUGUACAAGAGAUUUUCAGCUCAUCUUGCGCUAGACUUGCCAGACUUUAGUGGUGUAAUGGACACAAUCAUUGCUCCAUCACAAAAUCGUACGGACGCGCACGCUUCUCAAUCCACUUUAAGUGAGCUCCAAAGAUCACAUACUACCCUGCAUUAGUCUGUAUUUACGUAGUAAAUAAUUUAUUUUUAGUAAUUAAAAGCGAUUAUAGUUUCUUGGUUCUAUUUAUAUAAAAACAAGAUAGCUUCGCCGUCUAUUCCGUUCCCUAUGCAAAGUUCGUUAACCUCAGUUUUUUCGUAUUAAAAAGUUGGCCCAUUGGUUGUUAGUUUAGGCUAGGGGCGUCCAAGCCCUGUGCUUAGUGUGCUAAUUUGUUUUUAUAAUUGCUCUUCAGUAUAGGAAGAGCAAAUGCGUGUAUACGCGCUCCUUCCAUAAGCCAAUGCAAAUUACACAAACAAUUUUUCGAAUUCUUUUUUUUUGUCUCUCCUGUGCGAGCAU